AUGCUACAACUAAAGCAUUUGUCUACUGGCCGACUGCGAAAUUUAAUUACAUCUCGCCCAGAAACCUCCAAACGCCCUACACCCAGCCCGACAAUGGAACCACCUCCGCAACCGAAACAGUAUCCCGUAAAGAAACAUCAAGCUUCCGACUCACCUGGUUGGACCACAACGCUUUUUCAGGGUAGCGAAUGCGAGUUUCUGCAUGAGUAUACUGACAGCGGCCUAUGUCCUGUUCUGAUUGAUGAUGUGCUUGGUGGCUCAGACUUGGUUCAUAAAGGAAAGCUGUGUUCCUUUAGAAUCAUUGGAAAGCUGGGAAGAGGAUCUUAUUCCACUGUUUGGUUGGGGAGAGAGACUAAUUCUGGCGAAUACCUUGCCCUCAAAGUUCUAAGACUUGAGUAUAGCACACUAGACAACUCUGAGAUGAGUAUCCUACGAAAGCUUGGGAAACUUGAGGUUGCCUUUUUCCACACUCACAUCCCCACACAAGACCAAUUUCUCUGUCUUGGCCUAAAGCCACUUGGGUGUACUCUUCGGGAGAGGUUUAAUGCAGAAGCUGAUGCACCUAGUGAUAUUCCUUCACUCACUGUACUAGUGAAGACCCUCUUGAUGAAGGUGCUUGCUUUUCAUCAGAAGCAAAUAUGCCAUGGUGACAUUAGUGCCAAUAAUGUUUCCCUAGGGGUACAUCCUGAAGCUUUUACCAAUGAGGCUUUGGACAAGACUUUUGAGUUUGAUCAAAAAUCUGAUGUUAUACUCUGGAAUGUUUCAGAUUUGGACACACCACCUCCACGUCCAGGUAAUCUGCCUGAGUAUAUCAUUCUCCGUUAUGGGACUCCUCUUAAGACAGAUACACAAGAUAUGUCACUAGUUGACAUAAUUGAUUUUGGCAAAGCCGCCGACCAUGAAGCACAGAGCUCAUUCAUUGAGUCUAAGCUUUUGAUGAGCCACCUGAAAGAUGAGCCAGAAUAUCGCCAUUUACUCACGCGGCUCAUCCAUUCUUUAAUUCAAGUCGAUCCAAAAGAACGUGACCCGGAAGAAGCCAAGAGAAUCCUCAAACAACUUGAAGCUUGGGAGCCCCUGUAA